AUGGAUGGUAUUUUCAUAUUUUUGGCAACACACGAGUUUAUGGAUGAAGUAAAUGGUAGUAAAACUAGUUUCGACCAAGUUUUUCAUAUGGAGAUAACAAUUUAUGUUUGUAAUGUUAUAGUAAAUGUAGCCAUGCAGCUGGAUUUUUAUCCCAACACAACAAAAAGAUUGUGGAAAUGUAGACAUUGCAAUCGUGGAUUAUUUAAUUUAUCAGUCUACACUCAAAAAAGUUUAAAAAUUGACUGUGCUAAACACAUACCUUCAAAUGCAAUGAGUUAUGAUGAUUAUGGAAAAGCUUCAACCAUCUACAUAGUUGUUUCUACAUAA